AUGGCUUCCUUUUGGUCAUUUUCAACAAUAUUCAUAGCAUUAAUAUCAUGCAAUUGUUCAUUGACUUUAGCUUCUGCAAAAAACAUGCAUAUUUCAGCAAUCUCAGCAGCACCAACUACCUUACCAGAAAUCUCAGCAGCACCAACUACAUUACCAGAAACUCCUGUGUUCUCUCCUGCUAUGUCACCAGAUAUGGAGCCACUGUUUCCUACUCCUGGAAGAGCUGCUUUCUCUCCAUCAGAUUCUUCAUUACCAACAAUUCCUUCAAGUCCUAGCCCUCCAAAUCCAGAUAUCUCAACUCCUCAAGGGCCUGUUUUGGCUUUUCCACCGUCAGAGUCUACGUCGCCGGCUAUAGCCCCUUCUUCUCAGGGUGCAUCUCUCUCAUUGUUUUCAAUUUUACAUCUUGUUAUCAUGUUAAUUUGCAUAAUUCAGCUUCAUGGUAUGUGAGUACAUGUUAAUGUUUGUUUCUGCUUGUGUUCUUAAAGCAUGUAAUAAUGUUCUAUAAAUUUAAGACUAGUUAGUGAACAUUUUAUGUGUCUGUCUUAUGAGUAAUUUGAAUGUAGAAAUAGUAAAUGGGGAUGAUUCUUUGUCAUUGUUCUA